AGAUCCACUCUCUCUCUCUCUCUCUCUCUCUCUCUCUCUCUGCACUCUCCCACUACACAAUACAAAGGAAAGCAACAAAACAAAGACCAGCUCCAACCCAUUAAGCACUCAAUUUCUCUCAGCCUUCACCUCUCUCUCUAUCUCUCUAUUCUUUGCUGCUAAUAUCACCGGCCAGGAAGAUUAUACUGGUCUUCGAGGACGUACUCCUAGUACUGUCCUUCAUAUUGUGCUUCUAUUUUUGAAUGCAAUAACAAUAUAUAUUACGCGCGUAAUUGCACCACUCCGAUCGAGUAGUAGUUGUAAGGGCACGUACUCUCCUUGAUGCUUAUAUUAUCGCCUUUGAAGGAGCAACACAAGGAUGAAAACAGAGGAGGAGAUCAGAUGGAGAGUUUUUCGAUCGGCGCCAACGUGGUGGACUUCUCGGAAUUUUCCGGGGGGAACUUGCUUGACAGCAACGACUUUGAUGACCUUUUCAUCGGAAUCGACUCUGUGAUGGAUGUGCUACCCGAUUUGGAGAUGGACUCGGAGAUGCUGGCUGAAUUUUCCGUCAGCGCUGGUGGGGAGUCCGACUUGAAUACUUCGCCGUUAUCAGUUGAGAAAUGGGAGGAAGAGGACAACAAAGCAGCCACCAAGACCAGUACAGCGGAAGAAAGAGAAGGCAAUCAUCAUCAGAAGGUGGAUUCUUCGGGUUCGGGUACUACAGACUUCAAAUACUCGAGCUCCGAUAAUAGUUCUCAUGGAGGAGGUGGAGGAGGAGAGGAAAUCAUUAGUAAACGAGAUGAAAGCGGAGGAGCAGUGAUCAAUAAUAAUACAUCAUCGUCCCCGAAAGAAGCUACAGAUAAAAGUCACCGGAAGUCGUCAUCAUCCGGAGCACAAUCCAAGAGUUCUCACGGGAAGAGGAAAGUUAAGGUGGAUUGGACACCAGAGCUGCACAGGAGGUUCGUGCAAGCAGUAGAGCAGCUAGGGGUGGAUAAGGCAGUGCCUUCUAGGAUUUUAGAGCUAAUGGGGAUAGACUGUCUCACUCGCCACAAUAUUGCUAGCCACCUUCAAAAAUAUAGAUCACAUCGGAAACAUUUGCUAGCCCGUGAAGCUGAAGCUGCAAGCUGGACCCAGAGGCGGCAGAUGUACGAUUCAGCUGCUGUUGCUGCUGCAGGUGGAGGAGGAGGAGUAGGCGUCAAGAGACCUUCGUCGGAGAUGGGUCCUUGGCUUGCACCACCCACCAUGGGUUUCCCUCCUCUCAUGACACCAAUGCACCAGCGCCCCCAUGGCCAUCACCACCAGUUCAGACCUUUACACGUAUGGGGUCAUCCGACAGUUGACCAAUCCUUGAUGCACAUGUGGCCCCCGAAGCACCUUACUCCCUUCUCAUCCCCACCACAGCCGCCUUCUUGGCCUCCAGCUCCUCCACCGCCACCGGAGAAUUCGUAUUGGCACCAUCAUCACGAUCAGCGUGCUCCUCCUAAUGCAGUACUAACCCCAGGAACUCCGUAUUUUCCGAGGCAGAUGGCUACGACUCAUACUCCUCCUUCUGCGACGAGGUUUCCCGAUCCACCUGUCCCAGGCAUACCACCGCAUCAUGGCAUGUACAAACUAGACUCCGGCGGCCCUGGUGUUCCUGGACAAUCUGGACCCCAUCCUCUUGUUGAUUUUCAACCCUCAAAAGAGAGCAUAGAUGCAGCCAUUGGAGACGCUUUAUCAAAACCAUGGCUGCCUCUUCCUCUUGGCCUGAAGCCUCCUUCCACUGAUACCGUUAUGGGUGAACUACAACGACAGGGCAUUCCCAAUGUACCACCCGCCUGCGGUUGAACCCGGCACCAGCGCAAGCUCCACACAGGUAAUUACAGAUGAGGGAACCCCAAAUUUGACGACAUGUCCUGCGAUUCGAUGUGGCUACACCUGCGUCGACAUCUGCGAGUUUUUCUUCUCUCUUUUUCUUGAGUUGUUUCUGUUGAUCGAUCCCAUCAUCUUUCCAGCUCUUCCCUAAAAAUAUAACCAGUACUAGCUACUACGACAAACUACUACCCUCACCGAUCGGAUCCAUCAAUGUCUAGUUGUAACUUGUACGAGAACAGCAAAAUCUUCUAUGUAUUAACAUAUAUGUAGGUGAUAACAACAUCCUCGAUGUACUACUAGCAUAUAUGUAUGUGGUAAUAAAGCGAACGAUUUUGUAAUUGGUAUGUGGUCGUAUUAUGAGUAAAUAAAGAUGAAUAACCU